CGCGCGAUAACUCGGAACUCGAUUAAUGUGUCUGGGGACGAUCCCACAGUGCACCGCGGCAAUAAUGGCUGGAGUCUUGAAGAAGACCACUGGGUUAGUGGGUCUUGCUGUGGCCCAGAAUCCUCAUGAGAAUUUGAGAAUUCUGUACUCCAGAAUUCUUACCGUUUUACAAUCUCUGCCUCAGGAUGUGGCCUAUCGAAAAUACACAGAGCAGAUCAUCAAUGAAAGGCUUAACUUGGUAAAAUCGGAGCGCGAUGUUCAAAAACUAGAAGACAAAAUCAACUGUGGACAGAUCGAAGAAGUAAUUUCACAGGCUGAGAAUGAGCUUUCUCUAGCAUACAAAAUGGCUAAGUGGAAACCUUGGGAACCAUUAAUAGAAGAAGCCCCUCACAACCAAUGGAAAUGGCCAGUUUAAAUUUUAUGUAAAUUAUGUUGAUUUAUUCAGAAAACUAUACUGUCUCUUCUGUUUGUUUCAAUCGUUAUCAAUAUUAAAAUUAAUUGGUGAAA